AUUAUCAGAACGACAGUUGUUGUCGAAUCGUAGCGCCGGCCGGUCGUAACUUAAGACUGAUGUUGUACUUGAACGGAAAUACACGCAAAUAAACGAGUAGGUUGGUGUAUAACUUUAGUUUACGAGACAUUGACUUCGAGCGACAUAUGAGAUGCCCCACAUUUUUAAAUUAAAACAAUCUCUAGCUAACAACUGAAUACCUAAUCCAUCAGAUGCAGUUUGGCUGUGUGUUCUCUGACAGUUCUCGUAUAAUUGUAGUUGGUGCCGCGACAGUGUUGUGAUAAGUCGAUCGGUUUGGUGCGCUGCCUGUAACAGCCACUGUAUCUAAACAAAUAUACAUAAAUCUGCAUCAAGAAAACUGGUAGUUUCUUUAUUCACAAUGGACAAAGAGCCCGAACAUAUACAAGAAAGUUGUUUUCAACGAUGCAAACGAAAUCUCCUAUCACCAUGGUACCGAGACAUAUCCGUGGAACCAACAAUGUUUCUUUACAUGUUUGCCUUUUUAUUCACCUCUGUCGUAGAACAAGAUUUUUUUGUUCGAAAAUCUUGUUUAGUUAAUAACAAUUAUAGUUUAGAAAUUUGCACUAAUUUAGAUAAAUUUCCCGAAAUUAAAAAAGAAGUACAAAUAACAACAUCAAAAUUUCAUCAAUGGGAGAAUAUCUCAGCGCACAUAUUUCCAAUAGUAUUAGCUUUAUUUUUAGGAUCAUGGUCAGAUAGGAGAGGCCGCAAAUUUCCAUUGCUGAUGGGUUUGUGUGGAAAGUUUAUUUACUCAAUUAUGAUGGUGGUAAAUGCUAAACAAAAAUCCUGGCCCGUGGAGUAUGUGAUUUUCACAGCAACUCUUCCUUGUGCGAUCACAGGAGCCGAUGUUGCAAUAUUUGCCUCCUGCUUCGCAUACAUUUCCGAUGUUUCAACACUGCGAAAUAGAACGAUGAGGGUUACAAUUUUAGAUAUCUGUUACUUGAGUGCCAUGCCAACAGGAGUAGCUUUUGGUUCUUACAUGUUCAACAGUGUCCUAAAUAAAUCGUAUGCGUCAAUGUUUGCCAUUAAUGCUUCAAUAAUGUUUGUCGGUAUAGUCUACAGCAUUAUCUUCCUCAAGUGGCAAACAACACCAAAACAGAGAUCAUUACGAGAACUCAGUUGCAGUGGAUUCUUUCCUGACUUCUUUGACUUUCAACAUCUGCAAGAUUCAAUUGGAGUCCUUGUAAAAAAGCGUCCAGGCAAUCGACGAUCGUUUUUGAUCAUUUUACUGAUCUCAAUGGCUUUGUAUACAUUCCAAAGGGACGAGAAGCCCUAUUUGUAUCUCUAUGCACAACUAAAAUUCCAGUGGGACGUACAGAUCUAUAGUACCUUCAAGACUUUCCAGUCAUCAGCUUAUGUGGUCGCAGCUCUCAUAGCUAUUCCAUUGAUGAACAAAAUCCUUGGAUGGAGAGAUACCACAAUUAUUUUCAUAGGAGUUUGUGCUCAUAUUUCGGCACGAUUUUUCUACUACUUUGCCGACACACCAUCAUUUUUCUACACUGGAGCUGUUGUCUGCUGUUUGGGACCGAUCGUUGGUCCCAUGAUCCGAUCGAUCACUUCUAAGAUCGUUCCACAAUCAGAGAGAGGAAAAGUCUUUGCUUUGUUGUCCGUUUGUGAUAAUGCAGUGCCUUUUGUCAGUGGAAUUUGUUAUUCACAAAUCUAUCGAGCCACAAUCGGUCAAAGAUCAGCAGUAUUUUUACUAACAAUAGCUACACAAGUCGUAGUGUUUUUCUUAACUUUAGGUAUUCAUUUAAAAGUUGGAAACAAUGAACUUGCUCUUCCUGAUGGCGAUAAAGAAAAUGGCCUCAUUCCUGAAUCUGUCAAGUCAGCUGAAGUUGUCGAAGCACAAACUAAUAAGGACUCGAAUGGUAGAGACAGUAAUAAUAUUAGUAGCUAACAAAAGUUUGUAAAAUAAUUAAAUUAGAUUUUAUCUAGAGUUAAGAAUGAUAUUUUAUAAAAUAAAGUUGCAUGUAUUUUUUAAAUUUGAAAAAA